AGCUUUAAUUGAGCGAUUAAAUGUAUCCAUGGUUUUUGAACUGCAAAAGCAGAUUAAUAAAAAAUGUACUGUUGCGCACAUCAAAAUGUUACGCUUACCAACAGAUUAUAAUUUAAAAAAAUGUUUAAAGCUAUAUUUAAAUAAAAAAUUUCUAAUUUUGUUUAUUUUUCCAGGUCAGCCUUUUAAACUGGAUCCCAAAUCCGCACACAGGAAAUUGAAGGUGUCACAUGAUAAUCUAACAGUAGAAAGGGACGAAACCUCUUCCAAAAAGAGCCAUACACCAGAACGGUUUACAAGUCAAGGGAGUUAUGGUGUUGCUGGCAACGUCUUCUUGGACAGCGGCCGCCAUUAUUGGGAAGUGGUUAUAAGUGGAAGCACCUGGUAAGUUUAAAUACCUGUUUAGUAUUAUGUUUGUUGUAGUGUAUACAGAAAUGUAUGGAUAACAAUAACACUAACCAUUGUCAUGUUUUCAUACAUCUUGGUAGUAAUCGCUCAUAGGGUAAUAACUACAUAUGAAAGUUGCUGGUAUUUGUUAAUUACCAGAAUCCUUAAUGGAACAAUGUAAUAUCACUAUUGCACAGCCAUAGAUUAGAAUACAUUUUUAUAUCACUUUUGCUUGAACAAAAAGUGCGCUGGAAGCCUACAUAACUACAACUUUUGUCGAUGCAUUUAAAAAUGUGUUGUUUACAUGACCUUUUAAAAAAAAUCAUUUUUAACAUUCCUCUCUGUACUAGCACCGUACUAUAUUUUUAAUUAACUUCUAGUGAGAUAGCUCAGUGUUUAUUACCCUAGUACCUGUCCAAACCUCUGGGUCACGGGUUUCAUUUCUAGAUGAGUCAACUGCACCCUUCAUCGUUCCAAGGUCAGUAAAAUUAGUAUGACUAAGAGGAUUAGAGACAGCUAAUAAAAACUAGUGAAAGCUAAAUGUAUCUUCCAUGGAUUCAUUUGGAUAUUAUUCAUGUGUUCUUGAAAAUCAGUGCUAUUCAGAUUUUCUAAGAAAUGGACACCGAAUGACACAAUUAGUGAGUCAUUCCUUUUAGUGCAGCUUGUUUAGUGAGUGUCUGAUCAAACUGCAUUAUCACAUUGAUAUGUCACCCCUCUUAAGCCAGUAAUUUACAUCAUACAGCGAUUUCAGAUCUGUGCUUAAUCAAGAGCUACACAGUGUGAACGAAGACAUCCUUCACAUUUAGUCAAUUAGUUACAUCACAUCUAAAUGCAGUAUAUGUUCUUCUCCGGUACACAUCCAUAAUUAUCAUUAGGUUGGCUGCACAUAAGGAAUUCCUGGUCUAUUACUUUAUCAAAGUGUGACACUAAGAAACAUAUUAAGAAAUCGCUAUAAAGUAACUUGUGUGAAUAUAGCUUCAUCUAUUCAAUAAUUUAUUCUUUUUUUUUUUUAUAUGUAAAAUAAACCAGAGCUUCCUCCAAAGCACAACCCUGGAAAUACUUUUGUAUUAUUACUUUUUUCCCCCAAGUUCGUUUUAGAAAUUGUCCUUAAGAAUUUUGAUGUUUUUAUUGAAAUAGAUUCCACUAAGCUGAAUAAUCAGUUUAGAACAUGGUUGGGUAGCUGUCUUGUAAUUAAAUGGCCAGAAAGGUUAAUAUUGUGUUUAUUGGAAUAUUAGCAAUUUAAAGUCCUCACGUAUGGGGCAAUGUAAUUACAAAAAAAAAAAAAAAAGACUCCCAGCCUUCUUAACCUACAUGUCAACUGCAUGAUGAUAUCUGGAAAAAGAAAAAUAUGGAGAUAUAAUGAUGUCAAAGUGUUUGCCCUUAGCACUGCCAUGUCUUUCUUUAACUCUUGGAUGAUGAAGUCGUCAGGACAUGCUUGUCCUUUUCCUUGUUCUUGGUCUUUUUGCAGAUGUGUCAGGAAUUGCUAUUGGAUCUCGAGAGAAGGAAUCUUUUCUUGGUACCCAUUCUAAGUGGCGAUGCAUUAUAGAGACAAUAUAGGCAUCCAGAGCACUGCAUCUCAUUGAUGUGGUCUGGGUGCAGUGCUUCUGUACCCUUAGUCCUGCGAUGUAAAACAUAGCAGUUUCAGAGAAACAAUGUUUAUAUUGCCGGGUUAAAACUGCCUAUAGUGACGUCUACCAGACAGCCACGAAAGAUGAUUCCUGCUGUUUCAUGCAGUUUAACUAUGUGAAACGAUGCUGGACAUCCUCACAAUUUGUAUGAAGACAUCCAGUUUCUUGCACAAUGCAUUCCUAUGGGGAAGGCCUAAUGCACACACGUGCAUGCUUAUUAGGUUCUCCCCAUCGACUGACGCCGGUAGAAGAGUAGCCCAACCCAGCACCAUUUUAGAAAGCAAAUAUGAGAUCAAGUAGUUCUAACUUUGUCUGACUUGUUUUAUAUUUUAGAUCUUAUACCUUUAUUUGCACUGUUAUGUCCGUAUUUUCAAUGCAAUACAUAGACUGUUUUCCGUUGUUGUCAGCAGUGACACUGACAGUACCACUUUGAGUUUAGCUGCUACACAACUUGUGAAGCAAAUUAAAACCAAAACACCCAAACGAAUGAUGGACUUAGCACAAUAUGGUUUGUAAAAUGUUCAUGUAAGUAAGGUGUUUUAUGUAAAUUAUUAGUUGUUAAGCACCUAGACAGUUAAAUAACCCAGGUUUAAAUCCUUCCUACCUUUGUGUGCCACUGUAUUGUAAUUGAUUAUUUACUAAUUAUUUUGUUUUUACUUUUUUUUUUUUUUCCUCUUAGGUAUGCUGUUGGUAUUGCUUACAAAUCUGCUCCUAAGCAUGAAUGGAUAGGAAAAAAUUCUGCGUCGUGGGUGUUUUGCCGCUGUAACAACAAUUGGGCGGUGAGGCACAACAGCAAAGAAAUUACAAUAGAGCCCUCUCCGCACCUUCGCCGAAUUGGGAUCUUGCUAGACUACGAUAAUGGGUCGCUAUCCUUCUAUGAUGCGUUGAACUCCAUUCACCUUUACACUUUUGACAUUGCGUUUGCACAACCCGUGUGCCCCACUCUCACAGUGUGGAAUAAAUGUUUAACGAUUUUAACGGGGCUUCCUAUUCCCGAUCACUUGGACUGCAUAGAGCAAAUGGCAUAAACACCACCACCACAUUGGAUCCCUUCCCCAAAAAAAAAAAUAAUCAAAGCAAGUCAGAGAACUCAAUAUUGUUAUAAAUAUUUUUUUCCUUAAAAAAAAAAAGGAUUUUUUAACUUGCAGGAAAAAAAAAAGUCAACAAAAGUUUAUGUUGUCUGACAUUUAUCUCCAGAUCAAUGAAAUACUUUACAGGACGGUUUAUGCAUUAUUUAUGGAUUGCUUUUAAUUACAAUUUGUUUGGUUUUGCACAUUGAUUGAUCAUUGCUAUAGCUAUAUAUGUCUCAGUGUGAUUUUUACUUUAUUAAAAGGGAUUAAAUGUCAUGUCACACGAUCUGCCAGGGUAGAAAAUAGUCAGUCAUAAUCGUUCUCCACGGCUCUUUCAUGCUCUGGGCUGUUGGGCUCAUUAAAUGUGGAGUCUCACUUAACAAGGUUAGCAAACAUUGACAUUUUCUGUGAAUGCAGUUUUGUUUUUCGUGGAGACAGCUUGUGUGGAGUUUCUUCUACAUGUGUUUCCUAAUUAGGAAAAAAAAACUUACGUUUGCCAGUAUAUAUGUCAUAGUUAUAUAAUGGUUAAUGGAUUUUUUAAUCAGUUUCAUAAUCGGAGGACAUGCUGUGUAGGAGUGCAACGGACUGAUUAGGGAGCAGAGUUAUUGAAGCUAUUGUAAACACUAUAGAAUGCCGAGAUUCAAAAUUUUAAAUAAAAAUACAAAAUACGUGACAAGUCUAGAAAUACUGAGAGGCCCCAAGUAUUGGAAUGCCAAAAUAUUAGUCCUUCCCAUGACUUGCCUAAUGCUACUUAUACCUUAUAAUGUUUGCCUAUCGAUGUCAACAUCUUCACUUGUAUCUGUUUGUUGUUUUUGGAGUGGUUGUAUUAUUAGUUUCUGAUUGCAAGGUAUCACACUGGCUGUUCUUAAUCUGUCAUUCAAUAAUUCUAAACUACGUUGUUGGCAGAAAAGUAUAUUGCCAGUUUUAUCAGGGACACUUGUCGAAAAGCCAUAUGGAUUCACACGUAUAACAACCUCAAAGGAUGUAUUUGAUAUGCAUCUCGAUAAAUCGGCAGUGUAUUCACCCUAAAGGCAGAGCGCAAUGGAAUUUGGAAUUUAAUAUAGAUGUUAAGCUAUCUUUACACUACUCCUAGCUGUAAGUCAUAUGGAAAUGUAAACAUGGGGAGUGAUAAAAGUUGUGCUUUUACAACAAAUUAAUAUCUGCUUACGUGUUAAAAAAGAUUCAUGUCAGAUGUACAUCAGAUGUUUCCAAAUAAAAAAGUGACUUGUUAUUUGGGGUUGGUUAUUUUCAUGAAAUUUCUAUAAAAAUAGCUGCUGAAAUGCACCAUUUGUUAGAUCACUUUAUUUAACUAUAAUUGUUUGCCAUCCUGAAUCUAGACUUAUCGGCUCAGUAUGAAAAAUAGAAAAUUGUAAAAUGUUAAAACGUGCCCCAUUUUAUUGUCAUUAAUUAUAAAUCCCAUUUAGACAUUGCUACAGGUACAAAGAUAAAAAUAUCAGGUCUUAGUGUUGGAUCGUAAUAUUUAACAGGCCCAAUUCAUACAUAAUCCAUCAGUAUAGAAUUCAGGAAGUUAAAUAGUUAAAACUCCUCAGACUAACCAUUUUUUUCCUCUUUUAAUUUCUUAAAUCUGUGAAAAUAUUAGCCUAUUAUCUAGUGAGAGUGCACAUAUUGAGAACAUAUUUUCUGUACUCUAACAUUAAAUUCUUUGGAAAAGUACCGUAGUACCAAUCUAUUUUUCAUAAGCUUGAAAUGUUUUCAUAUAUUAGAAAAAUAAGCAGGGUGGGUAGCAAAGCGAACAAGAACAAUGGCGUAACUGCGUUCCGAAAGUCCUUGCAUUGAUUCAGAGAAGCAUUGUCAAACAUUGACGUGCUCUGAUGUUUUAUGAAAAUGCAGUAGGUAUCAGUCAACCUUUCCAGUACAGGAACAAUGAAUCUUGAGUGCAAUAGCGUGAUUACAUUCGAUAAUACACACAUAACAAGUGUAUUCAACAGAACGCUCAUUAAUAAUGCAAGCAAUAUAGUGGUGUUUCAGCAACACAUUCAAUGAAAGGGUCAGUGAUGUUACGUUGAUACAAAUUUAUCAUGACAACCUCAAGAGUGGUAUCUCUGCGGUUUUAGAUAGUGAACAAAUGUACUGUUGCUUAUAGGAUGAAUGCAGGAGGAUGUAAGUUGUAUUGCUGUGUAGGUAUAGCCCAAAUUAACCAUGAAACUGGUGUCUAGCAGAUAGACAAGGUUCCUAGAAUAAUAUACUUGGCCAUGCUAUGCUGCAUACAUCAUCCCAAUAAGAGUUAAGGGGGUACCAAAACUGGUAGCCUGCUUAAGGCCAUGUGAGAUCUAUAAUUGCUUUUCCAUAUGUUGUGUAUAGUUAUCACUGGUCAUUAUCUGAAUGACUGUUAUUUUUACUAUAGAUUGGGUCUUGUGGGUAAUUUUUGCUGAAAUUAAAAUUUUAGUGGCAUCACUAUGUAUGGCUUGGGUAGAGGUUUAAAGAUAUAGAUCAUCCAACUGUUUGGUCGGUAAUCAUCAUUUUGGUUAAGAAAACAAUUUUCCUUUGCAAAUCCAUCUGGACAAUUUCGGUAAAUUAAAAUACGUACAAUGUAGAAAGUCAACACAAUAUCCAGUAAAACUGUGAUCUUUUUAUAUCAUAUGUUAUGAAAAAUAGUUAUCACCAAUUAACCCUUCCACCUAAAUAAAUUAAUUAAUUGUAUUUGCAUUAUAUUAUAUAAUCAUUUGACACAUGAGACAUUUUUAGCAAGAGUACCAGACUCCACUUCAUGUGAUGUUAUUACAAAAAUAAAUACAUUAAAAAGCUGUACAUAAGAUGUAGUGUCUCCCUUGCAAUUCUUUGGGACAUCCCAUACCAAGAAAAUCAGAACUCGUAGAUAAGAGUUCCAGUCACUUCCUCCAUUGACAGCCGGAAGCUCCUCCAUGAUACUUCCAUUAAGUCUCCUGAGUUAAGCCAGUUCAUAGUACCAGCUGGCCGCACUUAGCCAAUGAGCUAUGCCCUACACUGCCAGCUUAGCUUGAUGCACUCCAGAGCUUCUGACUCUCAUGCUGGAGUUCACUGGUGUCCUGGAGGAGCUCCAGAGACUCCUGCCAUCUUAACAACUACAGUGUGCUGUAGUGGUCAUGGUGCUUGAGCCUAACUAAAUAGGGUAAAAAAGACAUUAGAAAAAAUUAUUUGGUCACAAUUGUGGGCAGUUUGCAUCAACUGGUUGACUUUAGGAGUUUAGGAAAAUAGCGCCAAAUGAUCAAAUAUUAAUUAUUAAUGAUGUUUUUUUUUCACUAGAUUACAAAUUGUAGCGAAUUGUAAUCUAAAAUUCAACAUUUAGACUAAAAUAACCACUGUGCCUACAACAUAUUUGGAUAAUUUUUUCAAAACCACUAUUUUUGUGUAAAUAUUUCAAUUCAGUUUUCAGUUCAUCACACUUGGAUAUUUAGUGAGCAAACCCUAAUGUGUGUGCAGUUGUACAUACAUUUUGGAAGUACCCACACUGUCUAUGCCUUCAGCAUUGGCGAUACAUCUUGGAUAUUUAAUAACAAGACAGAUGUUUAGUAAAUAUUAACAAAAAGAAAAAAAGUAAAUUAAAAAAAUAUAUAUACCCAUUGUAAGGAACAAAUGAUUACGUUUUGGAAUGUAGAACUUCGUACAUUGUCUUGAUGCACUUUAAAUAUUCAGCUAAUAGCAAAACACUAAGAAAUAGUUUGAGAGAGAUGGGUGAAAGAAAGACCAAUGUACUCCUUGUUAUCAGAUAUGUACUGCUGAAAAUGAUUAGCAUUAAACUCUGUCACCUAGUUUCUCACUGUUAAAGGGUUACUGCCAGCACUAUAACCACUUCACCUUGCUGACUAUACAAGGACUCUGUCUCUGCAGCAUCUUGUCCUCAAUUUCUGACAUAUCUAAUAUUAAAGGACCUUUAUAGUGCUCUGAGGGUGCCCACACCUACAGGGUCCCCCUCCCGCCGGGCUGGAGACUCUCCUCCUCCUUUCCCCUGUCAUCGACUGAAUGUGCAUGUGCGGCAAGAGCCGCACGCGCAUUCAGCCAGUCUCAUAGAAAAGCAUUCUCAAUGCUUUCCAAUGGACGCUAGCGUCUUCUCUCUGUGAAAAUCACAGUGAGAAGCGCGGAAGCGCCUCUAGUGGCUGUCAAUGAGACAGCCACUAGAGGCUGUAUUAACUCAUAGGUAAACAUAGCAGUUUCUCUGAGCAGUUUCUAUGUUUACAGCAGGCAGGGUUAAUCCUAGAUGGACCUGGCACCCAGACCACUUCAUUAAGCUGAAGUGGUCUGGGUGCCUAUAGUGGUCCUUUAACUUUUAGCCCGAGUGUAAGUCCACUUUCUGUCAAUCAGCCAACCUGGAACAAAAGGAUCCAGGCCAACUAUGGCAAUUGUAUCCAGGUUUGGAAUGUAGUGUCAGUACUCUGCAAUAACAGCUUAGUAUGAGCGCUCUCUCCCAGAAGAGACACAUCAAGGACUGUGCAUGCGCAGUGUUUGGUAUUCUAAGAGCUUAAUAUAGCCUUGCACAACUGUAAGCAGGCUGUUUGUGAACUGAUCCUUUGAAAUAAAUGGAACUACUCUUUCUCUUGAGGAUAAACUACAUCUACCAUAAGCCUUUUCUGUGGAGAAAUUUAUGUUAUGAGAGUUUCUUUUCCUGUAGGAGGGGUUUACCUAGAGUUUAAAGCAGUGUUUUUUUAACUUUGGUGGUAUCUUUUUUGUUCUAUUUUUUAUUUAAUUUGCAUUCCACUGUAAAGCGCUACGGAAUUUGUUGGCGCUAUAUAAAUAGUAACAUAAUAAUAACACAAUAAUAAUUCUUGAAAUGCAUUAUCUUUAUGAUGCGUAAAAAAAUAUAAGUUUUACUCCUUUACGCCAUAGCUUCCUUUAAGAGUGGCCAAAAAAAAUUUGAUAUUUCUUGGCAAUUUCUCAUUUUACUGCAAAUUUUCCUCUUUUCAAUGAAAUAGUCUAAUAUAAUUUUUGAGAACAGAUUUAUGCAUCAUUUACGCGAUUGUUCAGCCACUGAGUAACUCACACUUCCAAAUAGUCACAGGGUGAUUAGUAAAAUAGGGAAUUUCAAAGAAUUUAAAGUGAAUUUUAAAUUAUAGGUUAAAAUAGGCAAAUAAAUUAAAACGUUAAAAAGCCAGUUCGAUUUUCAAUUCAGCUAUUUUGGCAUAAAUUUGUUUUAAAACAAUAUCUUAUGGCUUAUGUUUUCAUUAGAUGUAUUUCUAUAUAAAGUAGAGUCACUAUUUAAACAUAACUGUUUCCAAAAAGUUUUGGGCUAGCAUUUGUAUAAUUUGAAGAAACUUGUGUAUAUUUAACCUGUUGUUAACCAUUUACAUAUUCACUCUAUACAUAUAUACAAAAUAUCUGUGUGUGGACAUGUUACGACUUAGGACUUUAAACUGGCAUUAGAGCAGUGACAAAAUGGCUGCCACUCAGCAAAUCAAAGAUUCUGAUUGGUUGUUUGAAUAUUAUGUUCUUUGCAGCCUAAUACUAUUUAUUUGCCAUUGAGACUUUGUGGAAUGCAUUUCUAAGAUGGCCACUACUUCAGUGACAAACUUCUAGAUCAGAUAUCUAGUGAUAACUAUAGUUAAGCCUAUUAAAAUUUGUUUAGAUGGAAAUAUUACCAUUAAUAUUACUUUAAUUAUGUUACAGUUGUGUGGCAUUCAAUUCUUCAGCUUUUUCCAGAGAUUAAUAGAAAGAAGUGUGUACUGACCAUAGUAGCGGGCAGAAGGAUUACGACCACAAUUUACAUUGCAACCAUCUGUAAAAUAGUUAUUUGCAAAUACUAUACUGAAAACACCAAUAGACAUUUAAUAUUCUUUCAGAGUACUUUAUAUGAUGUGUGCAUCAUUACUAAGAUACCUGUGAAGUUUUACAUCUUAGGCAAAGUCCGAUAUGUUUACUAAAAUAUAUUUUAUGCAUAUGAGUUUGUAUAAAUUAUGGGGGUUUUGGAAAAACUAUUAAAAAAAUAAAAAAAAAACAAUUCUUUUAGGAUUCUAUUGGAAAAAUAAUCCAAUAAGGAAAGGGAUUUUUUUUUAAUUGUUAGUUUAACAUAUUUUUUUUUCUUCUUUUAAUUUUAAAAUGAGAGCAAGCUUUUUGAAAGGGCAGUUUAAAGCACUUUGUUAAUAAAUAUGCUUUAGCUCAAAGGGGUUAAGAAAAAGUACAUCAAAAUUAGAACUCAGUUACCCAGGUACAGAAAAGUACUAUAGAUUGCCUUAUUUAUAGAAACACUAUAAAGGGAGACUAAGUACAGGAUGUAUCUUAUUUUAAUAGUGGAACAAUAAACGUGCUUUACGACUUUACAUUCUAAUCCCCAAACUACUAUUAACCAUCAGAGAGACAACAUCCCACAAGCUGUUUUCUGGUUGUUGUUGUUUUUUUUUUUUUUUUUACUGAUUAUAAUUAUUUCUUGGUAUGUCAUGGCAUUUUGCACAAUAGUUUAUGACAAAUUUCCAGUCAUCAGAAAAUAUUUUUUUUUUUUUUUUUUUACCACGGAUUAUGUUUAAUGCAUCUGAGGUUAUGGAAAAUCUCACUAAAGCAUCACUGCAAUUAUACAGUGAGUGUACCAAGAUUUCAGUAGAAGAAUUAUGGGCUCAAAUAUACAAUUUCUGUACUGGUGGAAACAUUUCCCUCUGUUACAAUUAGGAUAAGUAGUCUACCUUGGAAGCAAAGGAAUGUUUGCAUUGCAACACAAAUUUGUGGCAUGAACUGAAUCAGCAUUUCACAUGGAACUUUGGGAAUUAUGAAAUCAUCUGUCAAAAGACUGGAAUGUAAAUGGAUUGAAUAAAUUGUAUGGUUUACUUUUACAGCCCAUAUAGAAAUGGUUAUGAUGCAAGUGCUUCUGGGAAAAAUAAUCACGUACUUCAUCUGAUUUCACAGCAAUGCUAAGGACGUCAGUAUGUACAGGACUCUAUAAUGAUUUGUUUGUCAAAUGAACAAAAUAUAGUACUACACCCAUUAUGUUUUGGUCUGCAAUGGACCUUCUUCACAAUAUUCAGGUCAUCUUUGUUUUACUCAGUGGGAGACCUAAAUUCAUCCAUUAUAUAUAAAUUGCGUGAUCAUGGUAUUCAUUUUCUUGUCCAAGAAAUUAGGAAUAUCAGAGACUCUGUUAUGUUUUACAUAAUGUUUCGUUUUGCAAACAAUUUUGUUUUACAACUCUGUUUCUUUUUUGCAAUUUUGUAUUUUUAAAAAAAAGCUUGUCUAUUAAAUGAAAGUUUUAUUUUAAAACCAAAAA